ACAGCCCUUGGCCUUGACCAGCCAAACACUUGCGUCCCCACGUGAGGUGUUUCUAGUUUUAUGAUUGUCAGCGUGGGUUUCCUGAUACUUGUACAAGGCUAGCUAUUCCAAAUUAUUGCUGCCAUCUAUAUCAUUACCAUUCUUACGCGGGCUUUUUUGCCCUAACCGAACGGUAAUCAUUGGUAAAACCAAGGUUCCCUCAAAGCCUUAACAUCUCAAGCUAAGGCUAUGAAUGAGGAGAAUGUGGAAGGGGCCACAGAGGUGGAGAGUGCUUUUGAGGCCCUGACCAAGCCAGGGCCUCUUUGUCAAGAGGAGCUUAAGGACCAGACAGAUGACCUGGAACUAUGGAUCGUGCGUGCACCAGCACAGGUGAACAUCUCUGAGCUGCGUAACUGCAAGCUGCCACUGAGUGAAGGACGAGUCACGCGCAGUGACACGCUCGAGCUCACUGCCGAAGCAUACGUACCAGAAGGACUUCAUGUGCUGCUGCCCAACAGGAAGGGGAAGAAAUUGAAAAUGGUGCCGGUGCCGCUGGCCGGUCAGGUGCUGGUCCACCGGAGACUGGACGCGCCGGCCGCCGACCCCGCCUCUGUGCCGGUUACCUCAGCGGUUCCCGAGCCGCCCGAGGCGGGCCCGGACCGCCACCCGCUGCUGGGCGUCGGCUAUAGGGAAACGUUAAAACGAUGCAGUGAAGCUCUUGCAUUAUCGAACUCGCUUGACUCCCGGCAUGCCAGCCCGAAGAAAAAGAAAUCGUCGAAAGCAACAGCGUCCGAGCCAACACCGGACACGGGAAAGAAGAAAAGAAAAAAGCUUCAUUGAUUCAGGUUUAUUAUGAUGACAUGACAUGAAAAGUGUGUGAUAUGCCAUGCCUCUUAUUAUUGUGUAUUUUCACGUACUUCCGUAUUUCUAGGAAUACAAGUGACAAAAUUUAGAAUUA